UGUUGAUACCACCACAGGAAUUACUAUUACGCGACCCAGUGGUCUUCCUCCCGAUUCUUUCUUGAAAGUAAACAAAGAUCAUGUUGGUUUUUAUCGUGUAAAUUAUGAACCCCAAGUCUGGCGUACUUUAGCUGAUAUUAUGAUGAAAGACCAUCAGAAUUUUAAUCUAGCUGAUCGUGCUGGUUUUAUAGAUGAUGCUUUUGCAUUGGCCAGAGCUGGACUUCUGAAUUAUGCUGAUGCAUUAAACCUUACAAGAUAUCUGCAAAACGAGACAGAAUAUAUUCCGUGGCAAAGAGCUGUAGUAGCUGUAUCCUAUAUUGGACAGAUGGUUGAAGAUGAUAAGGCACUCUAUCCCAAAUUUCAGAGAUAUUUUGGUAGCCUGGUCAAGCCCAUUGCAAGUGAACUGAAAUGGGAGAAUGAUGAGGACCAUAUCAAAAG